UGGUGAAACGAACCCUUAGCAACCGUCGCAGGGCAUAAAAAGCAGAGCCGGAUACGCAGAAGGGAAACCUGUAGAGCACCAAGUGCAGCAUGAUCACUAGCAGGACCGUGCUGUGGAUUUCUGGGCAAUAAGCCCUCACUCUACCAUGCCUGGCCUAAUCCCACAACCUCUCCCAACGGAUUUCAACAUGGAUAAAGACGACUUGAGGAGAAACAAGACCUUAGGAAAGAACCUCAUGUGCCGACUAAAGUGUAUGUUCACCAGUUCCUCUGCUCCGGAGAGCAGGCUAAGUUUAGAAGACACCCAACAAUGGUCCCAGUCUUUGGAGCGGCUUCUCGGUUCCAAAUAUGGCCUGGCCACAUUCCGCACCUUUCUGAAAUCAGAAUUCAGCGAUGAAAACAUCGAAUUCUGGUUGACGUGUGAGGACUACAAGAAGAUAACGUCGUCCUAUAAGAUGAGCUCGAAGGCGAGGAAAAUCUUCGAGCAAUUCGUCGAAGCAGAAUCUCCGAAAGAGAUUAACAUUGACUAUCAAACACGGGAGGAAAUCAAGAGGAACGUGAGGAGUCCGACGACACAGUGUUUCGACGAGGCUCAGAAGAUCGUUUACGGUCUGAUGGAACGUGACUCUUACCCCAGAUUUCUACGAUCUGAGAUGUACAAGACCCUCCUCGAGUCCCUUGCUGCAGAUGAUCCUCGAGGAUGACUAUAUGGAUAUAUCACACCAAUGCUAAAACUGGAACGGUCUGGUUUGUGCGCAGGACCAGAACCCCAAAGCUUGCGCCCCCACCGUGUGGAACUUCUGAAACUAGCAGGAGACAAAAAGGAGCAAUGGUUGGGAACAUGCUGAUGAUAUCAAAGCAAAUGACAAGAAACACAAGUCCGACAUGUUACUGAAGUGCCAUGAGUGCUUCUUUACUGAGGGUGCUUCCUGUGUAGAUAAGGACGCAGCUCCUUCAAGCCCUUCCGGUGGUUUCCGAAGCUACAAGUGUGGGGACAACACUAUUGUCUUUUCCUGGCACUUCCAGAACUGCUUUGCCAUGUCCUAUAAUGACUUUAGUAACAAAAAACUUUUGUGAGAGACACUUUUGUGAGAGGAUCUUGGCAUAUCCUAUUUCAACAUCAGUGCCUAAUUGCCACACAGAUGUAUAACAUCAAAGAAAGAAAUGACCUACUAGAGAGGUUAAGUUAAAAUAAUAAUAAUAAUAAUAAUAAUAAUAACAAGUACAGUUGUAGCAUGUGUGCCACACACAGAAACCGUAGGCAUUACUUGUAAUGUUAUAAAGUUUAAUUUAAAUUAAGAUACUAUUUAUUAGCCGCAGCCACUGGUUGGAUGUUGACUUUUGUUAUGUCCACUGUCAUUUUUGAGGACAAUAAAAUAAAGAUUGGACACUGUUGAA